AUGAGUUCAGCUACGUCGCGGCAUGUCAAAUUUGGCGAGUCUGAUUCUGAGUCCAUACCCUCAGAGUCCCGUCUGCCCGCGAUUGCGAAGAAGCACGCUGUGCAAGAGUCUGACGAGUCCUCCGAUAGCGAUGCCCCAGAGGAGGAGACGCAGGACGCCACACGGAGAGACUUACAGAGUCAGGAGGAUGGUGCACGGGAGGCACGGAGGAGGGAGCAGCAGGCGCUGCGGGAGAAGAGACGUGAACAGGACAAGCUGUUCAGGGAACAGCAGGAGUUGAAAAGACAAAGGCAGAAGCAUGAUGAGUCGGUGGGUGACGACGAAGUGGAGGAAUUGCCCGAAGAGUUCAUACAGAGGGUGCAGGAGACCCGCGCUGCCGUGGCAGAUGCGACUGCUGCUGCUGCAGAGAACAAGCACAUAAACUUCCACGAUUUGGAGACUACGGACGACUUGGAGAGGGAAACUGUUCAGCAGAUCAAAAGGGCGAAGAAGCGGUCGUUGAAAUCGCUGAGAAGGGCUGCAGUUAAUAAGGGUCCCGUGACGGUGCAGCUGUUGGAUUCCGCGGCAGAGAAGAGACCACCAAAGAGGGAAACUCAGAUCAUGGCCACAAGGGACAGGUGGUUGAAGAGGAAGUCUCUGCGCAGACGCUAA